AUGUCAACACAAUCUCUUGCAAUUCCCGGCCAACCUCUUGGUCCGCUGUCCAAACACAAGCCUGGACCAGGAACCUACGUCUCGUCGUCCCAGCUUUUCGCCUCCAUUGCCGGAAUCCAAAGCGUGACGAGCUCCGAUUCUGGCGACGCUUCAACCGUGACCAUCUCCAGCGCACCCAUUGCCGCAACGAAUGUCCUUCCGUGCGUGGACGCAGAAGUCCUCGCCCGCGUCACGCGCAUCACGCCGCGCCAGGCCACCGUUGCGAUUCUCGUCAUUGGUGAAUCCGUCUGCGCGGAUGAGUUCCAGGGCUUGAUCCGCGUGCAGGAUGUGCGGGCCACGGAAAAAGACCGCGUCAAGAUUUUCGAGUCGUUCCGGCCGGGAGAUAUUGUCAGGGCUCAAGUGAUUUCUCUCGGAGACCAAUCAAACUACUACCUCUCCACAGCAAGCAACAAGCUCGGCGUCAUAAUGGCUACUUCAGAGGCAGGAAAUGCCAUGUAUCCGACCAGCUGGAAGGAAUUCAAGGAUCCAGUAACGGGCCAGGCAGAGCCCAGGAAAGUUGCCAAGCCGUUUUAA